AUGGCCAUGAUUAAAGGCAGUCGCAAGUUUGGCAGACCCGAAAGUGAAUGUGAUAGUUCCCCUUUUGAACAAAACACCGAGGGGCGAGACGCUGCUGCGCUGCGACCCGACCUCGCAACAACGGCGCAUCACAACUUCAUCAACCGUAAUCAAACGCCGCCAGCUAUACAGCUUCGAAAUCCAUCAUAUACUGCCCGUAAAUCCCCGAAGCAUGGUCUGUCGCACUGCGACACCCUAGACUUUUCCCAACACACGAACAUCGCGAUGGCGCCCUCAGCUACGGGCGAGCUCCCUCCUCUGCCAGGACCUCCCGAGAGGACGUACCCUCCAGCCAAGAUCUUCCAAGUCAAGGAGGCUAAGUUCGAGAAGCCGAUCCCGGUACAGCAGGAUGGACGGGAGAAGGCAUCGGCGCAGUCCUCCCGAGGCGCGGCCAUUGUAAUUGACAAUGGAUCUUCGGCCGUCCGUGCAGGAUGGUCAUUUGAAGAGAAGCCGAGGCUCAACAUCCCACCGAUCAUGGCCAAAUACCGCGACCGAAAAGCCGGAAAGACGUAUUCCUUUGCAGGCAGCGACUGCUAUGCCGACACGACUGCGAGGAGUCACACACGUUAUGCGCACGAGCAAGGGACGGGUAUUGUGAGCAAUUGGGAUGUCAUGGAGCAUGUUCUCGACUACAUCUUUCUCAAACUCGGCUUGAACGGAGAUGAUGCAUCCAUCGACAUGCCCAUUAUCAUGACGGAGGCGGUAGCCAACUUGCCGUACUCCCGGAAAUCCAUGACAGAAAUCAUCUUCGAAUGCUACGGCGCGCCCUCCCUAGCAUACGGCAUCGACUCCCUCUUCUCGUACACACACAACAAGGGAAACACAGGCAUCGUAGUUUCGUCAUCCUACACCUCGACACACGUGAUACCCGUUUACAAUCACAAGGCCCUGCUGAGCCAAGCCACAAGAUUGAACUGGGGAGGAUGGCAUGCGGCAGAGUACCUGCUGAAGCUGAUUAGGCUCAAGUACCCUGCUUUCAACGGGAAGCUCAACGUGUCCCAGGCAGAGCACAUGCUCCGCGACCAUGCCUACGUUUCAAAAGACUACAACACUGAGUUAGGAGGCUACUUGGAUUGGACAGGCCUUGAAGACCGGGACAUUGUCAUCCAGUACCCUUUUACAGAGGAGGUCAUUGUGCAAAAGACGGAAGAGGAGUUGGCUCGUAUUGCUGAGCGGAAGAAGGAGAGCGGCAGGCGGUUACAGGAACAAGCUGCGAAGAUGCGCCUCGAGAAGCUGAUGCGCAAGGAGAACGAGCUCGAACAGUACAAGAAGCUCCAGAUCAAGCUGGAGCAGCAGACCAACAAGAAGGAGGUCAGGCGGCUGCUCGAUAGCAACGACCUCAAGGAUGAAGCUGCUCUCGAGAGAGCCAUCGCCACCCUUGAGAAGGCGGUCAAGAAGGCGCGCACAAAGGACGUUGGCGGUGACCCUGCAGAGGAGCAGCAAGAGCCAGUAUUCGACCUGCUCGACGUACCAGACGAGGAGCUCGACGACGCCGGCAUCAAGGCCAAGCGCCAGCAGAAGCUCAUGAAGUCCAACCACGACGCGCGCGCCCGCGCCAAGGCCGAAAAGGAGGCCGAGAAGGCCCGCGUCGAGGAGGAGAAGCGGCUAGACGUGGAGCGCCGCGAGAACGACCUCGAGGGCUGGCUCGAGGAGAGGCGCCAGGCGCGCGAGGUGACGCUGCAAAAGAUGAAGGAGCGCGAGCGCCUCAAGCAGGACCUGGGCAACCGCAAGUCGCUCGCCUCGCAGAUCCGCAUGAAGAGCAUCGCCAACCUCGCGUCCGACAACCCGGUCAAGAAGCGGCGCCGCGGCGGCGACGACGACAAUUUCGGACAAAACGACGACGACUGGGGCGUGUACCGCCAAAUCACCGUCGGCGACAACAGCGACGACGAGCAGGAAGAAGAAAACCUCGAGGCGAACCUCAAGACGUACGAGGAGGACCUUCUGCGCUACGAUCCGAAUUUCGGCUACGAGGACACCCACGAGGCCAAGACGGACUGGUCGACGUCGAUGCUUCACGCUUUCGCGCGCGGCCCGCGGCCCUUUGACGCCGGCUCCCAGGCCGAGCUGAACCAGAUCCACCUCAACGUCGAGCGCAUCCGCGUGCCCGAGGUCGUCUUUCAGCCGUCCAUCGCAGGCGUCGACCAGGGCGGCCUCAUCGAGAUUGUCGGCGAUAUACUCAACCAGCGCCUGGGCGGCGUGUCGAACCGCGAAGAUUUCCUAAAGGAUGUCUUCCUCACGGGCGGCAACACGCUCUUCCAGGGCUUCGACGAGCGUCUCCGCGAGGGGCUGAGGCCUCUUCUCCCCGCCGGCGCGCCGCUCGCCAUCCGCCGCGCCGAGGACGCCCUCCUCGACGCGUGGAAGGGCGCUGCCGGGUGGGCUGGGUCGGAUGCCUGGAAGGCUGCUACCAUUACGCGGGAGGAGUAUCAGGAGAAGGGCUCUGAGUAUCUCAAGGAGCACGACCUGGGCAACACUUCAUAUGGAACGGGACGUCUCAAAGGGGUGAGGGCAAGAAAGGAUGGGAGAAAUUCAAAUGCCGGGCCUUACAUGUCAACGUAUCUUUACAUUUUACACGUCCUUCUUGCUAGUAUGCCACCAGUCUUAUUGACGAGAAAAAGCCAAGCUUUGCUAUUUCUUCAUGACUUCUUCGACACGCUCAGACCUAUGUCUGUCUUUCCUCGGCUUCAUGGCAAUGAAGCAUUGUCCGAGGUUAUGACCAAGGGCUCCUUCCUCGAUACAAAGCCGGAGCUCGCCUCGAGGUUCCUAUCAAGUUCCCAUCAGGCCCUCAAAUCUCCACCCUUUGACACUCUUCACUUCUCGUGUCAAUGUUACAAGCACGAAUUCCCUACAUCAUCUCUCUUUUGA